AUGGAACAGGAUAUUAACACAACCGCCCCACAGAACUAUAAAAUCGCGCCCGAAAAGGUUUUGCCAACACAACAAUUUUUUGCUGUGGAAUACCCUGGCAAUGUUAUAAAUACUGAAAAAGCGUUGCAAACUCUUGGGGGGCAAAGAGGCCUUAAGAAGGCAGUAAAUGAAGAUUUGUUGGAGCUUCGUUUCAGACCGAAUAAUCCUUUUUGUCAUCCUAUUAAUGGCGACAUAAUUCCAACUGCGAAUCUUUUGCUUAAAGUAACGCGUCGACGUAAAAAAGUAACAUACCAUCAUACGCGACGCGAUUCUGAUGAAGAGUCAAUCAAGGGCUUUAAUUUUGAAAUUAUGGGAAUUAUUAGUAAAACCUGUCGCUUUCGAGGAAUGGCGGAUUACCAACAUGUUCCAAAUCCAAAUGAUUCGAUUCCAAGAUAUAGGAAAGCAUUAGAAAAUUUUGAUAUCAAUACAAUUAUGGAUUUCGAAUCUUUAUUAAAAGACGAAAGAGAUGAAGAUAAUCUACCACCACCAUCAUUUUCACGUAUCGAGUGUCCUACGGGAUAUGGUUAUCGGCAAAAUAUGGCGGUGGUCAAAGUCUUGGUUCAGAAAGAAGGGCAGGCACCUGCUCUCAAACUGAUUAAUAGAAGUCAGGAGCCACCACCAGAUGCUGUAAAAUCUGCGCAUCAACCCUCUCCGGAAAGUGUCGCGCGAAUUAAAAAGCUAUUUGCAGAAAGACCGAUAUGGACAAGACUGGCAUUGAUGAAUAAUUUGCCAGCUUGUGAUCGGAGAACUAUCAAAAUGCAAGCAACUAUAUUCUAA